AACCUUGCUUCCUUCUGCCCUGCAUGUUACCACUGGCAAAGCAAAUAUGACUCAGAAACCGGCUCCUCAGGGUUGUAACAGGAGAUGAUACAGUGCGUGGGUCAUUCAUUACACAGUAAACCAAUGCCUUUGUUUCCUUGGGUUGGGCUCUUCAGAAGGUCUGUUGCUGCUGCCGAGCUGCUGAAAAAGCAGUCACAGGUGUUGGCUGGAAAAGCACUCCUAGGGCUUGCCGCUGGCUUGGGAACUUUCUAGGGACCUUUCUCUCAGCCAGAAGAAAUUCUGAUAUUAAUCAGAAAUACCUCUGGAAGAUCCAAAAAGCUGUAGAGUGAAGUUAACCUGUGAAGAACCAGCAUGGGAAUCCUCUACUCUGAGCCCAUAUGCCAGGCAGCCUAUCAGAAUGACCUGGGGCAAGUGUGGCAGUGGGUGAAAGAAGACAGUAACUAUGUCAACGUGCAAGACAGCUUUAAUGGAGAUACCCCCCUGAUCUCUGCUUGCCGGCGUGGCCACAUGAAGAUCAUUUCCUUCCUUUUAAAAAGAAAUGCUAAUGUCAACCUCAAGAACCAGAAAGGGAGAACCUGCUUGCAUUAUGCUGUGAAGAAAAAAUUUACCUUCAUGGACUAUCUACUCAUCAUCCUCUUAAUGCCUGUCCUGCUUAUUGGGUAUUUCCUCAUGGUAUCAAAGACAAAGCAGAAUGAGGCUCUUGUACGAAUGCUACUUGAUGCUGGUGUCGAAGUUAAUGCUACAGACUGUUAUGGCUGCACUGCCUUACAUUACGCCUGUGAGAUGAAGAACCAGACUCUCAUCCCUCUGCUCCUGGAAGCCCAUGCAGACCCCUUGAUUAAGAAUAAGUAUGGUGAGAGUUCACUGGAUAUUGCACGGAAGUUAAGAUUUUCCCAGAUUGAAUUAAUGCUAAGGAAAGCUUCAUAAUCCUUGUGACUUCACGAAUGGAGACAUCGAGUUAGAGGACUGGGUUCUAACUCCAUCUUGGACUGUUGGUCUGUGGGCCACACAAUCUGGAUGCCAUUAUUUUAUGAAGAUAAUGAUGGUUGCCAGGGUAAUGUUUUCAAAGAGCUUUUUAUUUACAGUAUUUUUUGCUUGAUUGAGUUCACCAUGGCAAUAAUACUUCUAAGGGAAACACUAAAGUUGUUGGAGACUUCAUUUCAGCCAAAAACUGCUAUUUCAGCCAGGUGCAGUGGCUCACUGAAGUCCCAGCUACCUGGUAGGUGGAAGUAGAAGGUCACUGCAGACCUGGAAUUCAAGACCAAUCUGGGGAACAUAGCAAGACCCCAUCUCAAACAGUAACAACAAGAAGCUCAGUUUCUCCUGAAGAAGAGGAUCAGGGUUAUCUUCUGAGAUAGUGUUCUCUCUUUCUAGUUUUAUCACUCUUAUAAAGAGUGUAUUUGGUCUCUGGAAGCCAAACUGUCUCUCUCAGCCAGCUCUUUGAGUACUGAGAGGAAGACUCAAGAGUAUGUGCACUUGUAUAGAAUGGUGUGUAGAUGUGUGUGGGUUUAGAGAGUCAUGUGCAAACAUUCCUUGAAUGAAACAACUUCAAUAAAAACAUGGAUCAUGUGUUAGUGGUGGGUGUGUUUACGUCACAGAAAUUGGCAAAUUGACAAUACAGAACUUUUACCAGCAUUCCACUAGACAUUUUGGUAUCAAUUUACAAAUAAAAGCCACCUUGGUUUGAACAUGUACACAUAUCUAUUGAUAUUAUCUUCAGGACCUUCUUGUAAAUACAGGUGGCUAACUAGUUUGUUUUGUUUAUUUUUAUUGAUGAAAUUUAAAAUAUGAUUGUACCUUAUUUGGAUAAAGGACUUCUUCACAAGUAAUAGAAUUAUAUGAUGAGGUAGUAUUGGGAU